CGUCUCGUGUUUCUCUACAAUCAAUAUGGUUAAAAUUGACCACAAUAAUCAACCUCAUUUAAUCAGUUUACCUAAAAUUUGUCCCAAAUUUCGUUGCAAAUUGAGAAUGUUAAAGCUGGAACGGACAAAAGACUGGCUUUUAAUGGAGGAAGAAUUUCUUAACAACAUUAAAUCAAAUAAAAGUAUUUCCAGAGAUGAAUUUAGACUGAAAUUAGCCAACAAAAUGAGAGGCUCAACGAUGGCUGUAGCAACUUUACUUGAAUUUGUUGGUGAUAACCACGCAAUAAUUACUCUUGGAAAAGGUGAAUCUGAAUGGAUUGUUCCGAUCCUAUCUAUUGCUGAUCGAUCUAAACUCAAAGUGAAUUGCAAUGUAUUGAUUAGUCUUCGCAAUUUCAGUGUUGUUGGUGUGAUAGAUGAUAUUGACAGUAAAGUCUUGGCAAUGAAAUUAACCAAAGCCCCACCAGAAACAUUUGAUGACAUAGGUGGAAUGGACGAGCAAAUUCAAGAAAUUAAAGAAGCAGUUGAACUUCCUCUAACCCAUCCAGAGUACUUCGAAAGCUUAGGAAUCAAAGCUCCAAAAGGAGUCAUUUUAUUUGGUCCACCUGGAACGGGUAAGACUUUAUUAGCUAAGGCAGUUGCUAAUUCAACUUCUGCUUCCUUCUUGUAUGUUGUUGCUUCUGAAUUGGUUCAAAAGCACAUUGGUGAAGGGGCUAAAUUGGUUCGCGAACUGUUUAAAUUAGCAGCCGAAAAUUCCCCUACAAUUAUAUUCAUUGAUGAAAUUGAUGCCAUUGGUGUUAAAAGAGGCAAUGAAGAAACUGGUGGAGAACGUGAAGUUCAAAGGACUUUAUUGGAGCUUCUCAAUCAAUUGGAUGGAUUUGAUGAAAAAUCUGGUGUUCGAGUCAUUUUGGCAACCAAUUCAAUCGACCGAUUGGAUCAAGCAUUGAUUAGACCUGGCAGAAUUGAUCGUAAAAUUGAAGUGCCUCUACCAAACAAUGAAGGUCGACGUAAAAUUUUUGAGAUCCAUUCCCAAAGCAUGAUGAAGGCUGAAAAAAUUGACGUUGACUCCAUUCUGGAAGGAGUUGAAUUUAGUGGUGCCGAUAUUAAAUCAAUUUGUAUUGAAGCUGGUUAUCGAGCUCUUAGAGACAGAAGGCGAGAAGUAACUAAUGAUGACUUCCUUAAAGCUAAAGAACAGGUCGCAGCAUCUCGAAAGGCUAAUCCGGAUAAAGAAGGGAAAUAUAUAGCAUGAUGACAUGGCUUGUCUGACUUUCAAUCCAUCAAGUUUAUUAUUAAAAUACAAAGUUGGCCGAUCA